CAGUAAUACGUCUUAGGGAUGGCAGAGCACAAGAUCUCUCCUGGCCAGCAAGUGGUCGUGGUUUGGGACAGCCACUCUUCCCCCGAGGCCCUCCAGAAUUUCGUACAGAAUAUUCAGGCUGCUGUCGGAGCUGAGGGUCGUGUGUCUGUAGAAAAUCUCAACCAGCUACUCCAAUCAUCCCACAAGGAGUCGAGUUUUGAUACUGUUCUAUCAGGUCUGGUGCCCGGCAGUUUGACAAUGCAUAGUGCCGAAGUACUGGCUGAAAUAGCUCGGAUCGUCAAGCCUGGCGGUCGUGUCGUUUUGAAGGAAGUGGUUACAACAGAAACAGAUCGUAACAGCAGGCUCAAGGCAAUCACCAAGCUCCCCACAACUCUGACAUUCUCUGGGCUGGUAGAAGUAAAGGAGUUGCAGAAAGAGCCUUUAACAUCCAAACAAACACAGACUAUCCAGGAGCAGUUAGGAUUGCCGUGCAAUGAACUCUUCUUUGUUGAGAUAGAAGGCAAGAAGCCCAACUUUGAAGUGGGUUCUUCAAGUCAACUCAGACUUUCUUUUGUCAAGAAACCCAUUUUGUCUGAAAAACCAGCUGUGGAUCCCACUGCCGCAAAGCUCUGGACUCUUUCCGCCAAUGAUAUGAAUGAUGAGGACUCUGAUCUACUAGAUUCAGAUGAGCUGCUGGAUACUGAGGAUUUGAAGAAGCCAGAUCCUGCUUCCCUGAAAGCCCCUUCCUGCAAGGAAUCUGGAAAGAGGAAAGCCUGUAAGAACUGCACAUGUGGCCUUGCCGAAGAGCUAGAGAAGGAGAAGAAGAACCUGGCGCCAAAAUCUGCUUGUGGAAGUUGUUACCUGGGGGAUGCAUUCCGCUGUGCCAGCUGCCCUUACCUGGGCAUGCCAGCCUUCAAACCCGGGGAGAAGAUCCUCCUGAAUGAGAACAAUCUACACGAUGCCUGAG